AUGUUACAAAAAAAGACCUUAGACAAUGGUUUAUGGGCGAUGGGCCGCUUGAAAAAAAAUUCCCGGGCCGCUCUGAAGGAGCCAGUCCGCCCCUGCACAGGAGGCCCUAACGCUGAAUAUUUUAGAAACCGAAAAGGUUAUUUUUCUAUAAAUGUUCAAACCAUUGCAUGUCCUAAUUUGAAAAUUAUGGAUGUUGUUGCACGAUGGCCAGGAUCAUGCCACGACCAGACUAUAUUUAAAAAAUCACAGAUUUAUUACAACUUAAUAAAUGGUAAAUGGGGAAACAGUAUAAUUGUAGCUGAUAGUGGCUAUGCUAAUUCUCGCCAUGUGGUAACACCAUUCUUGAACCCACGAAAUGAUAUCGAAGAAUUGUACAACGAAUCAAUUAUCAGGACAAGAAAUCCAGUGGAGAGGUCAUAUGGUGUACUCAAGAGAAGAUUCCCAAUAUUAUCCUUAGGACUACGAUUGAAAUUAGAAACAACUCAAGCUGUAAUUGUAGCUUGUUGUGUUUUACACAACAUAGCAUGUGAUAAUAAUGAUAUGGACCCACCUGCACUAGACAUAGUUCUACCAGAAAACGAAAACAUAAACAUAGAAGAACAACAACCAGAAGGUGAAAACGCAAGACAACAACUAAUGCAAGAAUACUUUGUACAUUUUUAA